GCAUUUUGAUAGAUGUCGCCGGACGACGAAGGGCUGCUGGACGGCGAAGAGCCGACGACGAUGGACGAGCUCUUGCGCUUGAGCAGCCUCAGCACGGGCACGGACACGACCGAGUCGUCUGAUGAAAACAACUACCACGACACGUGGCUCGAGACCGAGACCAUGGAAGAGCUCAUCCAUGGCACGGUCUUCCUCGAUGAAGUCAUCGCCGAGGGCGACCAAGUCGUGGCGUCGCUCGCAUCGCCGCGCCAAGAGCGCCGCCGCGCCAAGACGUACUCCAUGUCGAGCACGACGUCGUCCUGCAGCUGCGGCUCCUUCUCGGCCAAGGAGCGCUGCCUCUCCGACUUGAGCUCGAGCAUGGACUACUCGUACCUCCAGACGCCGGCGCUGGACGUGCGGGUCGUGAGCACAGCGACAAUUGGUGGCCAGAUCCUCUACACGAUCCGCGCCGAAGACGCGUGCAACUCGUGGACCGUGCACAAGUCGUACAAGGAGCUCCACGGCCUCUACAAACAGAUCAAGGCCGUUUCCAUGUCGCCCAUCGAGGUGCCGUUCUGGGGCACGAUGCAUUCGCUGCGCAAGUGCCGCGUGCCCAAGCGGCUCUUCCAGCUCCAGUCCAAAAAGUCCAUUACGCGCCAGCGCAUGGUCAUCAUGGACUCGUUCCUGCGGCAGAUCGCGUCCGUGGUGGCGCCGACGCCACUCGGCCCGCAGCGACAAGAGGUCCUCAACCUCCUCCACGCGUUCAUUGGCAUUGGCUCGAGUGACACGCCGCGCGUGCCGUACAGCCGCCCGCUGCCCCACACGCUCUCGUCCGCGUGCCUCGUCCACGGCGAGAAGGGGCCGCCGGUGGGCCAGAUCCACGCCAAGGUCGCGGCCGUCGUCGAGACGUACGAGGGCGCGUGCGACGACUUUGUCGCCGACUUUAUCGCGAAAGCAUCGCCGUUUUACUUUGCGCCCGUCAAGUCGACGCUGCUGCAGAAGCGGUCGUCGGCGCAAACGACGGGCAUCUCCAAGGACCACGCGGGCCUCCUCCUCGACUGCAUCAAGGAGAAGCUCCGCGAGAUGCAGCGCACGGUGCUUAGCCACGACGACAUCCACGCGUUCCUCGCCGAAACGAAGGCGCACCUGGACGCCAACGACCUCGACACGUACGACGACCUCGUCGUGCACGUCCGACGCGACGUGAGCUGCCACCUCCAGAAGCGCAUCUUUGUCGCGUUGGAAGACCACAUCACCGAGUGCGUCCGCGCGCUCGUCUCGGAAGCCAACGAAGAAGAGAUGCUGCGCAAGAUGCGCACGCUGGCCAAGAAGCCGCAGACAGCGUUCGGCGUCAAGGCCAACCUCUCGGGCGACGACUGGCACCACGCGCGCCUCGAGCUCCAGGCCAUGGACAUGUGCACGCUGCCGUCCGACAAGCUCAAGUGCAUCAUGAACUCGGCGACCGCCAUCUUCCAAAGCGUCGUCGAGGCCAACAGCGACGACUUCAUCUGCUCGAGCCGCAGCAUCCGCGGCGUCUCGCUCUCGGCCGACGACUUUGUCCCGAUCUACAUUUACGUCGUCGUCUCGAGCCUCCUUGCGACACCCUUGGCAACGAAGGAAUUGCUAAGUCUUAUUUGUGACGCGCAGGAAGACGCCGGCGGCAAGGUCGGGUACUACUUUACCAACUUUGUGGCGGCCGUCGAGCACGUCAAGGCGCUCCCCGCCUAGUCUAUCUGUCCUAUUUAAUGUUCAAACGUCCAGAAGCCCGUU